AUGAAAAACAUUUUUAAUCUUUUAUUAAUUUUAUUAAUUUUAAACUUAGGUUUUAUUAAUUGUAAAACGGUUACUUUUAAUAGCCAAUCUGUGCAAUGUACAGACGAAAGCUCACCAUGCAACUUGGCAUCAAGUAAGAAUUGGGAACAAAAUGAAAUUCCCUCCGAUGGUGACGAUGUUGUAAUCGACUUUUCAACAAUUAAUUUGCCAUCUGCUAAUAUCUAUUUAAUUGCUGAAAAUUUAAACAUUCAAUUAAACUCUUUAGCUUUGACCGGUCAGGAAUCAUUCAAAACAAGUUUAAAUAUCCAAAAUUCAAACGUUACAGUUUCAAAAAGUUUUAACACUGCUUUUUCAACAGUUAAUCUUACCCAACAAUCAGAUUUCAAUAUUAGAGGUGCUGUAGAUAGUAGUUUUGGCACCACUGAUGUGGUCUAUAUUUUUGAUGGAAGUAAUCUUUAUGUUCCCUGUGGUUUAUCCUUUAACAGCAGUUCUAUUCCAAUGGAUGGUACCAUCUUUAUUAGUGAAGAUUCAGUCUCAAACCAAAAUACCAAGUUUUUAGAUGUAAACCAACCAAAUUUAAGUGUUUCAUCCAAUAGUAAUCUUACUAUUAUUAGUUCAACUUUAAAUUCUGUUUCAAUGAAUUCACCAAAUAUUGUAUUAAACAGUCUUUCAAGGUCCUAUUUCAGCUCACUUAAUAGCUUGGGUCAAGUUAAUAUUCCAAACUAUGGUUCAUUAGAGUUAUCAAACUCAUCAGCAUCAUCAGCAUCUACCAUCAAUCUUGGUGGUUCAUUGACCGUUAGAGGUGAUUUGAAUGUUCAACAAAUUGUCAUUGGCUCCACUGGUGUUAUUUAUAACUAUGGUAAUGUUAAUACUGACCUUAGUUCUUUAUCAGGUUCCAUUAUUUAUCAUACUCCAACUGCUGAGGCCAAAUCAAUUAAUAUUCAAGAUGGGUCUUUGGUUCUUUAUAAUUCAAUUUUAAGUGUAAGCUCUGAUUUUAAAGUUUCCUCUGAUUCAGUAAUUAAAUUCUUCAGUUGCAGUUUAGAUAACACUCAGUCUUAUAUUCAAGUUAAAGGUACCUUGUUGCUUGAUUCAAUUGAUGUGGUUAUUCAAUUAUCCGAUUCAAAUAUCUUACCCUCCGAUGGUGACCGUAUCCUUUUGGUUUCAGCUCCAUCAGUACCUGAUGCUGUUGUAAAAGUUAAUAGUAUUAAAUUUUAUACCCAAGCAAAUACCAAUGGUUUAACUUAUAAAGUUGAAUAUGAUAAUGGUAAUGUUUAUUUAGUAUUUAAUAAUAGUGGUACUAAUGGAGGAAAUAAUAGUAGUAAUAACAAUAAUAAUAACAACAAUAAUAAUAGCAGUAAUAACAAUAACAAUAAUGAUAGUAACGAUGGUAAUAAUAAUGGUAACGAUAAAAAAGAAUCAAAUGAAAAAAGAAACGUUGCUAUUGGUGUUUCAAUUGGAACAGUUGUUGGUGCUAUUUUAUUAUUAACAGUUAUUGGUGUUAUGGUUAGAAAUAAAAGAAGAGGUGAAAAAAGACCAUUACUUGGUUAA